AUGACGUCCACAACUUCGCCACAGCAGACGGCCCCCUCGCCAAGCUUGUCCGUCCUCCCUCAGUUAAACACGGAUGCAAACGCGAAGCGGCAAAGUCGCCAUCGAUCGUCCUCCAUGUCCAAGGAUCGUCUCUCCACGCACUCGAACAUCUCAAUUACGUCCCAAACCCGCUCGCGCCCAGGGUCGCACGUGUUUCCCAUCUUCCAUUCCAGCUUGUCGUACGCUCUGGUUCGCGAUUUCGCAUACCCGCCGAUUCACCCUCUCCACUACGGCCCCCUGCCCCUGCGGGCGUCGGCCGUGUCCACCCCCGUCAGCGAGCAACGGCGUCUGUCGGAUCCUCCGGCUCCGUGGGACAGCUCCCGUGGCCAGUGGUCCACGGGACCGUGGAGCACAGACCACAGUUAUGGACAUCAGCAAUUGCCCGCCAUGUCCUUCGGGGACGGUCCGCCAUACAGUGAGGAUGAGGAUCUGCACAGUCCGGUCUUUUCCACGCCCCGUCAUCGGAAGAACAAAUCCACCGGAACCGAUCUCAACGGAAGGAGGGGCCGGAGCCCCGCCGGGCGCGGACCGACCUCGAUGAGCUUCGCAGUGAGAGCGGACCGUGGAACGUUCGUCGGGAUGAACUCGGACGGCACUGAAACAUACUAUGUCAACGACGACGACCUGGCGGACGAUGGGCCCGGGGGCGAGUUCGUCACCUACCCGUCCAACGGACACAGCUAUGCCCUGUCGGGAGCCCCGGGCGGCUACCCGGGGUAUGAGCGGGAGGCCGGCUUCGAGUCCGGGGAGGACUUCACGGACCACCGGUAUUCGCGGGACUUUCAGUUCGCCGUUGGCUGCCCAGACGAGGAAAUGCACGGCAAGGCCGUCGCCCUGUUUGACUUUACGCGGGAGCACGAGAACGAGCUUCAACUGGUGGAAGGUCAGGUGAUCUUCGUGUCCUACCGGCACGGUCAGGGCUGGCUCGUGGCCGAGGACCCCCAGACGGGCGAAAGCGGCUUGGUGCCGGAGGAAUUCGUCCGGCUUCUCCGCGACAUCGAAGGCGGGUUGACGUCGUUGAACGGCGACCUGGAGAUGGAAGGCGCGGACAGCGCGUCCCUGAGCCCGGAAUCCGAUUCACAGCAGGAGAGCACGCCGACUGAUAACAGUCGCACCCAUCAGUUCCCCGUAGCGUCGGAUAAAGAGACCACCAACGGCAAUGGAAACACGAACGGGGGCGAGGCUUCUGCCGGACAUUCUGGCAAGAAUGCAGACGCUGGUAAUCAACCAGCCACGAAGGCAUGA